AUGCAGGGCAUGAUACGGCUCAUCGCAACAUGCGCAAUUCUUCUAUGUCGCGCGCAAGCCACCUCCCUCCCUCCACCAACAGGGCCCUACAAUAUUGGUAUGAGCAAACAUGUCAUUGAGCAUUAUAACUCUCAUGACCUUCUAGCGCCAAACAACAUCAGCACGGGGUUUUUAGCCACCAUAUAUUAUCCAACACGCCAAAAGCCCAACUUUGAACCACGGUCAUACAUAGACCCCGAAUUGGUGGCUAUACUGGAACCUCAGUUGAAUCAUACCUCAGGCUUCCUCUCUGUCACAGUACAGUACUAUAUAGUGACGAGUCUUCAGCUUGAUGCGCCGUAUCUGGAAGGCCCAAUUGGACAGUCUGCGUAUCCAACACUUCUGUUUGGUCCGGGCGGCGGCGGGCCCCCUGUUGAAGGGAAUACAAUCUUGAUUUCGGAACUAGUAUCUCAUGGUUAUACUGUGAUAGGGCUGGACCACCCAUUUGAACAGCCGUUCAUUCGGUACCCGAACGGCACAGGCGUCGUAGGUGGCGAGAUAUAUUUCAACAAUACGGAUACAUUACGAGCGAUCUACGAUACCCGCCUAGAAGAUACCACGGCCUUUCUGGAUCACUUUCCCAAACUAGUCCAAAACCUUGGUGCGCCUUUCAACACAACGCAUAUAGGCUCGUUCGGAUACUCUCUAGGUGGCGCUGCAGCAGUUGGUUCGUUAUACGAUGACAACAACCGCCUUAUCUCUGGCCUCAACCUUGAUGGCUCUCUCCUUGGCCAGGCAGCUGUCAACGACACUAAGGCGAAUGUGAAGAAACCAGUGCUCUUUCUUGGGCAGGAACUGCACACUGGUCGAGACGACGUCCAUGAUAUCACCUGGGGGACAUUUCCACUAUGGCAGACGGAUUACUUUGGGAAGUUCCUUGUAAAUGGGACAUUGCACCAUGAUUUCUGCGACUACGCCUUUUGGAAAACCAUCGAGCCAACGGAUCCAACAACAGGCUCGAUAGACGGCAACCGCCAAAUCGCGAUCAUGAAUGUGUACGUCAAAGCGUUCAUAGAUUUUGCAUUACUAGGGAAGAACUCAUCAAUGCUGAAUGGCCCUUCGGCGGAGUGGCCAGAUGUCGUAUUUUAUGAAUGACUGGGCGACUUUAUUGCUGUAUGCUCACGUUGUCUCUCGCGUGGCAUAACUCCUACUCACUGUAACGUUUAGUCCUUAUACGCUAGAGUACCACAGAUAGCCAUUUCCCCGGCGUGUAGCUAAGGAAGCGACUUAACGAGCCGACUCCCUGUCUAAAACACGUCAACCACUUCCAAUGCUGUUUAGAAAUAAUACUAGACGGCCAAUAAACGCCGUAACUCUCCGAGUCUUGC